AUGAAGUGCCCUCAAUACAAAGCUGCCAGGGCCAACAAUGUGGAGAAAGUCUCUGCUGCAGAGUCCAAGGUGUAUCACCACCUCAAAGCUUCUCCAGUGAAGGAGCUCAUCCCCAUCAAACCACAGUGUCCUCCAGCAGGAGUGACUACCGUGUUGUUCCCUCUCAACAACACUGACACCACCGGAGCAGUCCACGACAAAGAAAACAGCACAACAGACAACAGGGAGCAUGACAGGACUCUGGAGGAAGGGUUUGAGGACAGUGGUUAUCUGUCUUUGCACAACAGUCAGACUGAGGAUCACCAUGUGGAUGAAGAGGACGACCACAUCCAGGCAAGAUCCACAGAAUGCCUGUCGCCUUUUUCUGCUGCUGUACGUCAAGAAAAGGCAGUAACACCAAAACAGUCGCCUACUAAAUGUAAAGGGAGGACAAGCUCCAGCCGGUCCAUGUCUCUGGCAGCAUCCACUCCUGUGGAUUGUCUUAAAAGGAGAACAGUAACAUGUUCACUGUCAUCUACUCCUUCUGCCCAACAUGAUGACCACAAUCUACCUUUACUGAAGUUCCAGCGUGCUGUUUGUGAAGAGCUUGCCAAAAGCUAUCGGAAGAAUAAGAGAUACGACUGGAGCAUCGUCACAAAGGUGGCCGAAGAUCAUCAUUUGGAUCUGGUUAUCGGGCGCAAGAUGGGUUUGGAGUUCGUCGACAUGUUUUCAUCUCUGCUGUCCAGGAACAUGAGAAGCAUCCUGACCGACAUCCUGGCCCUACUGGGAGACAUGGACCUCAUUAGCUGUAAGAAAGUGAGCAAAACAUGGAGGAAGAUCAUCUGUGAGGAUACUGCAGCUCUGAACAGGUGUCAGCAAGCUGAGCAGGCUCUCAGGGAGUCAAUGAGCUCUCUGAAACACAGAGCUUGUGGUCUGACAAGGGAUGCGGCUUUGUCCAGGGUGGCGCUGUCCUGUAUGCAGCCCCUUUCCUCCUCAAGUACGACAUCCUCAUCCUCAUCCUCCACCCCUGGCUGCAGGGUUAACAGACGGGCCAGUCUCUCUCACAAAGGCAGCACACCCACCUCCCAAUGUACACGCUUCAAAGAUUAUGUGCAGGCCGCCAGCAGUUUGAAGCAGCACGAAUCUCUGCGUCCCUGCAAGCGGUGCGGUUCACCGGCAAAACACUUGACAGAGUCUCAGAGGGCCACAUGUACACGCUUCAGCUGUCUGUUUGACUUCUGCACCUGUUGCCAGGAAGCUUUCCACGGCUCCACCCCCUGCCGAGUGGUGCAGCCCCGAACCCACUUUCCCAGCUCCGAGUCGACCCAAAUCAUUCCAGGGAGCGCUCGCAGCAAGAGGAACAUCAGGCGCCUGUGA